AUGACAACCUCCAAUGAUAUGGAGUCAAAGUCUGAUUUAUUAAAGACUAAAAUGAGGAUUCUCUAUACCACCUCCAAAUCUCUACAAAAGAGAACCUAUCAAUUACUAUUUUCCAUCAGGCUACAAAGAUCUAGAAGUCAUUUAGACACGAGAAAUCACUCAUUGGUGACAACUUUCAUUCUUUUUGGGUUGACAGAAGACCCGAAGUGGCAAAUUGUAAUCUUCCUUUUCCUGUUCAUAACAUAUGUGCUGAGCAUCACUGGAAAUCUUACCAUUGUCCUUCUCACUCUGUUGGAUUCCCACCUCAAAACACCCAUGUAUUUCUUCCUUCAAAAGUUUUCCAUUUUAGAAAUCUCGCUGACAUCUACCUGCAUCCCUAGGUUUUUGGUCAGUAUAGUGACCAUGGAUAAAACUAUUUCCGUGGAGGCUUGCUUCACCCAAUUAUUUGCUGCCCUUAUAUUUGGGAUAGCACAGUUUUUCUUGCUGGCUGUCAUGUCCUAUGACCGCUAUGUGGCCAUUUGUAAACCUCUUCACUAUGCAACCAUCAUGAACACCAAAGUCUGUAUAUGGCUGUUUGGCACCUGCUGUUUAAUUGCCGUAUUGGCGAUCUGUCCUGGAGUUAUUGUAAGUCUGAGUUUGGAAUUCUGUGAUACUGUGAUUGAACACUUUAUUUGUGACUACUCUCCCAUCUUGAAGCUUUCCUGCAAUGAUACAAGACCCAUCCAACUAGUCAAUUUCAUUUUUGCCAUCAUUAUUCUCCUGCUUACUUUGGCACUAGUAAUGUUCUCUUAUGGGAAAAUCAUCAGUACAAUUCUAAGGUUCCCUUCUGUUCAGCAGCAGAAGGCGGCUUUCUCCACCUGUUCCUCUCAUAUGAUUGUCGUCUCCAUCUCUUAUGGCAGCUGCAUUUUUAUGUAUAUCAAACCUUCUGCCGAGGAGAGGAUAUCUUUAAACAAGGGGAUUGCCAUACUCACUCUUGCACUUGCCCCUGUACCAAACCCUUUUAUAUAUACCCUAAGAAAUAAGCAAGUCAAAGAUGCCCUGAAGGACAGCAUUAAAAAAUGUAGUGCAGCUACUUCAAAAUAG